UUGUUCCUUCCUGCAAGGCCACGUAUCAGCUGAGUCACUAUGCACCUUCCAGAUCAAGUUCACCAGUUCAUCCCCGCAGGCUUAUCGUCGGACUUGAUAUGCAGUGCAACGGCGUUUCAGCAUCCUCACAUUAUCCUCCCAUUUGUUGUCAACACCGAGCCCCUUGGCCACCAAAAGCCCGAGCUUCUUUAAUUUCUAUUCUUGAUCCUGGUCCGGCCCUCAAUUGCUGUCACAGCCCCGCGUUCAGCUCUACAGUCAGAAUAGACACCACGCGGACACACAUAUACAAAGCUCAACACACCAAUUGUACAGACCGCACGCAAUCAUGAUCAGCGUGCAAGCUCGAAGUUCCCUCACCAAAAUUCGUCAUCCAUUAACCUCUCUACGCUCUCAGUCUUCCAUUGCUACCCCCUCCUCAAUUCUCUACACAAAGAUCAACUCUCCCCCGUCCAAAGUCAUCUCCAGCCGCGGCCACUACCUCGUCACCGAAGAUGGCCGGGAGAUCUUCGACGCAACAGGGGGUGCAGCCGUCGCCGCCCUCGGCCACAACAACCCGAUCAUCAAGAGCGCCAUCACCCAGCAACUAGACGAAGUGGCGUACUGCUAUUCGCCCUUCUUCACCACUCCGGCUGCCGAGCGCAUCGCAACCUUCCUCACUGAGUCCACGAAUGAAGAGAUGACCAAGACCUUCAUCGUUAGCUCCGGUACGGAAGCCAUCGAAGCAUCCAUCAAAAUCGCCCGGCAGUACCAUGUCGAACGUGGCCAGCCCCAGCGGACCCGGUUUAUCGCGCGGAGACAGUCCUACCACGGCAACACUCUGGGGGCGCUCGCGACGGGGUACCAUAAAGCCCGGAGAGCGGUGUAUGAGGACAUCCUGGCCAAGAAUGUCUCGCAUGUGUCGCCGUGCUAUCCGUACCGGGGCAAGAGUCCCGGGGAGAGUGACGAGAGCUAUGUUCAGCGGCUAGCGGACGAGUUGGAAAGCGAGUUUCAGGCCGUCGGACCGGACACAGUUUGCGCUUUUCUCGCGGAGACGAUCACCGGGGCUACCCUCGGUUGCGCCCCUCCUGUGCUGGGCUACUUUCCAGCGAUAAAGGCCGUAUGUGACCGCCACGGUGCCCUGCUGAUCAUGGACGAGGUCAUGUCGGGCAUGGGGCGUUCGGGGACUCUGCAUGCAUGGGAGCAGGAGGGUGUCGUUCCGGAUCUGCAGACCGUGGCCAAAGGUCUCGGAGCCGGGUACGCGCCUAUAGGGGCUCUGCUUGUGGGCAAGAAGGUGGUGGACGCUCUGGCCCAGGGCACUGGCGGUUUUGUGCACAGCCAGACGUAUCAGGGCCAUCCGGUCGCUUGUGCUGCUGCGUAUGCUGUGCAGACCCUGAUUCAAGAACAGAAUCUGCUGGACAAUGUCAGAGUCCAGGGGGACUACUUGGGGAGACUUCUGACAGAGCGCAUUGGAGAUCAUCCAAAUGUAGGGGAUGUCCGCGGUCGGGGACUGUUUUGGGGGAUCGAAUUUGUGACGGACAAGGAGACAAAGACACCCUUCCCCGUCGGUGAUCAGGUUGCGCAGACCGUGCAUUUGGCGGGGUUGCAGGAUGAGCACUGCAUUUCCUUACUGCCCAGUAGCGGAAAUGUUGACGGGUCUCAGGGCGAUGUUGUUCUGAUUGCUCCUGCAUAUAACAUCACCGCCCCCGAGGUGGAGAAUCUUGUGGAUAGGGUCGAGAAAGUCAUCGAGUCGGUAUUCGAUCAGCCUUGACUCACCUGUGCAAGUGCCGCUUGCGUUGUGUCUGCAGUCCUGUAACCAACCUACCAUAAUCAUAUUAUUAACUGGCUUGCUAAGCAACUUGGAAUACGACCCCUGAGAU